CUCCAUGACUCCCCCGCCCUCCAUUAUCGAAAUUAAUAAGAUUUUGGGAUCACUUGCAAAGACCAAACACCACACCACUGCUAUCUCACUUUAUGCCCAGGCGGAAUUGAAAGGGUUCAAACCAUCUUUUGUUACACUGAACAUUUUGAUCAAUUGCUACUGUCAAGUGGGCGAUAUCAAUUCUGCUUUCUCUUCAUCGGGGAAGAUUUUCAAGUGGGGUUAUCGACCAAAUACGGUAACAAUGAAUACGUUGAUGAAAGGACUCUGCAUGAAAGAUGUAGGGCAAGCACUGGAUUUCCACGAUGACUUGCUGACAAAAGGAUUUUGCUUAAGCUCGGUUACCUAUGGUAUCAUAGUUAAUGGGCUUUGUAAAACUGGACAAACAAGAUGCGCUGUUAAGUUGCUUCAAAUGAUGGGGAGACAGAGAAUUAAAAUUAAGCCCGACUUGUUUAUAUAUACCACAGUCAUUGAUGGCCUUUGUAAAGAAGGGCUAGUAAGUCAGGCAUCUGAAUUGUGUUCUCAGAUGAUCAGUCAAGGUAUAUCUCCUGAUAUUGUUAUCUACAACACUUUAAUCCAUGGUUUCUCCAAUACCAACCAAUUGCACCAAGCUCUGAGGAUGCUAAAUAAAAUAGUCAUUAAAGACAUCACUCCUACUCGUCAUACCUUUAGUAUAAUAAUUGAUGCAUUUUGCAAAAGAGGAAGGAUCAUAGAAGCUGAAGCUGUUUUCGCUAAGAUGAUGAAGUGUUGUGUAAAACCUGAUGUUAUUACCUUUAGUUCUUUGAUGAAUGGCUAUUGUAUGAGGAAUGAUGUUAAUGAGUCCAUAGCAGUGUUCAAUAAGAUGAUCAAAGCUGAUUUGACACUUGAUGUUAGGGGUUACAAUAUAUUGAUUAAUGCAUAUUGUAAAUUAAAAAUGGUGGAUGAAGCCCUGGAUUUGUUUAAAGAAAUGCGUUGCAAAAAUUUGCAGCCUGAUAUAGUCACUUACAGCUCUCUUAUUGAUGGCUUGUGCAAAGCUAAGAGAAUGUCAUAUGUGAAAGAUUUUGUUUAUGAGAUGCGUCGCAAUGGUCACGCUCCUAAUAUAAUAACCUACAAUAUCAUAUUGGAUGCAUUUUGCAAAAUGAGACAUCUUGACGAGGCAAUUGCAUUAUAUCAACAUAUUGUCAAUGAAGGAAUACAACCUACAAUGCAUUCACACAACAUACUAAUUGACGGUUUGUGCAAAGAAGGUAGGUUAAAAUUGGCACAAGACAUCUUUGAAUUUCUUUUGACCAAAGGUCAUCAUGUAGAUAUCUAUACUUACAACAUUAUGAUGAAUGGACUUUGCAAAGAAGGCCUUUUUGAUGAAGCAUUGGCAUUGCUUUCAAAAAUGAAAGAGAAUGGCUGCCUCCCUAAUUUGGUGACAUUUACAACACUUGUUGGAGCUCUUCUGAUGAAAAAUCAGAAUGACAAAUCAGAGAUUCUUGUUCAUGUAAUGAUAGACACAGGUCUUCUGAAACAGUAAAACAAGGUGAAAUGCUCUAUUUUUAUCUUAUGCUUUACUUGUAUUAAGUGUGAUAUUAAUCCUUCAUAGACUUUAUCAUAACCACACUAUGAGCAACACCAUAAGCACACCGUGAUUUUGUUUCAAGUUGGUUGGUCAGUAUUCUCUCUGGCGGUAGAUCUUGUAUUUGUUGCUUUGAGUCGUGCAUGCAUCUCUAAAUUGAUACUUUGGCGCCACUCAUGGUUUUAAAUGGUAUAAUACUUGCAAUGAAGAGGUUUUAUGGAGAUUGAUGGCGGAAAAAUACUCCAAGUUAGAAAUAGAUGGGUCAGUUUGUGUCUCUGUAAGUAGUUCAUUCGGUGGAGUCAUGAAGAAUGUGAUGGGGGAGUG